AUUAGGGCAUAUAGGUCCAUGAUUGGAGCUGUCCUGAGAGUGGUGAGGAGCAGCAAACCGGACAUAUUUUCCUCUCUCUCUCUCAACAACUCCGUUUGGACAAGGAUAAUAGGCCUACUCUCAGACGGGCACAGUCUUGUAAAGGAAAAGUUUCUCGAGAAAGUGUUUCACUCCCCUUGUAAGUAAGGCCCAGAGGAAUCCGGUGUCAUCAAACAUGGCACCUAGUUCAGUUCAAAUCAUCGCAGCAGUGGCUCUGAUUGGUUGCCUCUUUCACGGAGCAUGCGCAGUGGACCGUGUUUACUACAUUGCAGCGGUGGAGGAGAAUUGGGAUUACGCCCCCAGCGGUAUGAACAAUAUUACAGGAGCUGCUUUCCAACCAAGCACAGCAGAAACUGAGAAGAUGGUCCGUAGUGGGACGCGCAUUGGGCGCGUCUACAAGAAAGCCUUGUUUCGGGAAUACACCGAUGAGACCUUUACUGAGCGUUCGGCCCGACCCGAGUGGCUAGGCAUGCUCGGACCGAUUAUCAAAGCGGAAGUCGGCGAUAGGGUCAUAGUUCACUUCCGCAAUAUGGCUUCUCGACCAUACUCCAUCAACCCUGGGGGUCUAGGUUAUACUAAAUCUGCAGAAGGUGCUCUGUAUGAUGAUGCCACAUCGGGCAACCAGAAAUCGGAUGAUGCAGUUCAACCCAACACGACCUUCAUCUAUCGAUGGACGACCGGUAAAGCAGGUCCGAAGCAAGGACAGGCAGAGAACUGUAUCGGAUGGCAAUAUACCUCCCAUCGCUUCACAACCCAAGAUCAAAAUGCAGGCCUCGUCGGAAUGACCAUCAUCUGCAGAAAAGGAUUCUUGGCUAGUACAAACAAUGAUAUCGUUCUCCUUUACGGCCACGUCGAUGAAAACCAGAGCUGGUACAUUGAAGAGAAUAUCGACACAUUUGCAUCAGGAGUUACACCAACAAUGAGAGCUUCCGAGGAAUUUAUUGGGAGUAAUAUCAUGAACACGGUCAACGGAUAUUCGUACGGUAAUCUGCCCGGUCUCCAGGUUUGCCAAGGAGAACAGAUUAGAUGGUUUGUCUUCAACUUUGGAGGGGAGACUAAUAUUCAUAGCGUUUUCUUCAACGGAAAUCCAUUGGAACUUGAUGGAAAGAGAGCAGAUACCAUACCUCUCAUCCCUGGCCCAGUGAGUGUGGUCACCAUGGAAACAAUGAACCCUGGGACUUGGCUCGUGUCAUCCCUUUCGACAACUGAUGCGUUGAGUGGCGGCAGCGCUCUGUACACAGUGCGAUCAGACUGUGGAACCGCUGGGGCAUCUAACGGUGCUACUGCGAAUGGGAAUUUGGUUGAGCACUUCAUCGCUAUCCAAGAAGUCAACUGGGACUACGCGCCGUUAGUAAGUAAAUCGCCGACUGGUUCCGGACCUACAUACCUGAAGGCCGCGUACUUUGGAUACACGGAUGCCACUUUUAGCCAGUACAUAAGGCGUACCCAAGAUGAAGCUUACCUCGGCCUGAUAGGGCCUGUAAUUAGAGCGGAAGUUGGGGAUAACAUCCGGGUCACUCUCAUGAAUGGUGCCAGCAGGCCAUACAACAUACAUCCGAAUAAUGUCAUGUAUACAAAAGCGAACGAGGGUUAUCCUUAUGUUGACGGUAUUCCAGCAAAUCAAGCGUCCGGUGAUUCUGUCGCCCCACAGGCAACAUACACCUAUAACUGGACUGUUCCACCUUCUUACGGACCUACUGCAAGUGAUCCAGACUGUAUCACUGGAAUCUACUAUUCUACUGUUGGGGGUGAUCGUGAUUUACACUCUGGGCUGGUGGGGCCACUCAUUGUCUGCAAGCCCGGGAAAUUAAGCUCCAAUGGAACACAGGAAGGAAUUGACCAAGAGGUUAUAACUGUAAUUCUCUCCAUGAAUGAAGAAAGGAGCUGGUAUUGGAACACUAAUCGAAAUGUCCGCUACAAUUCCGACUUUCCUGUCGAUGAAAUACGAACAAUCAACGGUUACGUAAGUGAUAAUUUGCCGCUCCUUGGCCUAUGCUCCGGGGACCGUGUACGGUGGCAUGCCCCUUGCAUCGGGAACGAAGAAACGUAUAUGGGUCUCCACAUUCCAUACCAGACGUUCGAGUAUCACGGCAGGCGAGCCAACACAAUCCCUGUACUUCCGGGUCAAACGGAAGAAGUUGAUUUCACAGUUGGAAGCCCGGGUACCUGGAUCAUCAAUGGUAAUGUGUACAACUACGACCUUGAGGUUAACUACACCGUCUCCGAGUGUUACAAGACUAUACCGGACUCUCAGCGAGUCAGGAAGAAGGAGAGGACAUUCUUCCUCGCAGCCGAGGAGGUUAUCUGGGACUUCGCACCUACUGAAUACGAUUACAUCACAGGACAAAACCUAUCCAAUCCCAACAGUGAAGGGUAUUAUUUCGUGGAAGAAGGUCCGACGUACAUCGGGAGGGAAUACAAGAAAGUCCGUUUCGUCGAGUACACCGAUGACACCUUCACCACACCGAAGAACCGCACCUACUGGGAGCAGCAUCUGGGCAUCUUAGGUCCGUUCAUCCGAGCCGAAGUGGACGAGACCGUCAAGAUUGUCUUCAAGAACAACGCAACGAGGCAAUUCUCCGUCAACGCGCAUAACCUUCCGGGCCAAGCCACAGAGUACAUGGGUCAGACUUUCAAUACACCAAUUCCAGUUCAGCCCGGUGAAACCGCUAUUUACAGAUGGACGAUGCUUGAGAAGGCCGGUCCUACUGACAGCCAGUCGAACUGCGUGGUCUGGCCAUACUACUCUAGCAUUGUGACAAAGAAAGACACCAACUCCGGCCUGAUCGCACCGCUCGUCGUCUGCCGCAACGGCGUCCUCAACGACCAGGGGCAGCGUACGGACGUCGACCACGAUUUCGCUUUGCUCUACACCAUCUUCGACGAGAACGACAACUGGUAUUUGGAUGAUAAUAUCCGGAUGUUCACAAACCAACCAAACCAGGUCGACAAGGAGGCAGUGGACUUUGAGCACAGCAACGACGCAUUCACGAUCAAUGGCUACAUCUUCGGGUAUCCACUCAACAUCAGUAUGGCUGUUGGCGACAACAUCGCAUUUUACAUCAUCGUCGUAGGGGGCGGUGCAGAUGUUCAUUCAAUUAAUUUCCAUGGCCACACCGUAACGCAGAAGACAAGGGUGACGAAGAACCUGGACAGUGUGCCUACAUUGCCAGGUGAUUUUCUGACGGUGGAGAUGGAAGCUACAAAGCAAGGCACGUGGCUUCUCCACGACGCAGUCAACAAGCACUCCGAUUUUGGGACAGAGACUAGGUACACUGUCUACGCAAAGAAGUCUGAUAUUCCAUGCGGGCCCGAAUGCAAAUCUGGGAGACCGCCAGCGGGAGCCGCAGGAAGAUUGGAAUCGACCAUCAUAUCUCUAGUUGUAGCAUUCAUCAUGGGAGCGAUCGUUUCAUUCCGAUAAAUAAGUUGGAACUUCAAAAAUGCUUACAAAAUCUGUUUUCCUGUUAUAUACUAUGUUAAUAUGAAGCUUCCGACACCACAACGGUAGCCACAACAACAAAGGACGGUAGAAAAUGAGUUAGUAGUGUAGACUUAGUCUAUGUCGUGACGGCACAUUUUUUCGUCUUCUUGGCCUCCGUUCUUUUUUGAAAGCUCCUUGGUACAAUGUCAGUCAGUCUCUUUUGACGAAAUCAUGAUAGAGAAUUUUAUAUUAAAAACUUCAAGCAAAGAUUUGAUGAAUGCUGUUACGAAAUUAACUUGUCUUCCAAGAGACCCACUGUAAAUAAAUUAACACCAGUCAAACGACAUGCUUUUGUCAUUUAGGGAAUAUCAUACUCACAUGUGUCUUGUUGACACACUGGCGUGUGUGCGCGCGUGACACACACACACAACAUGUGUCUUAUCCUAUACAAACGAGUCUUAUGCCACAAAUUGAUAUUUCUUGUAACGCAUGUAUGUGUGCCAUGUGUCGUUGAAAGUGUUGUUGCUGUUCAUGUUGUUGUUAUUGUUAUCACGGGGAUGAGAUUAUUCACAAUGACUCCCCUUCAUUUCUACCAUUUACUAUUCUGUUUUCUAUCCUAUGUCCUCUCCGACCUGAGACCCGUUUCAUAAAACUCGUAAUCAUAUAACACAUUGACGACAUCAGUUACAAGCUACUGAAAUCAUUCAUUCUGAUUGGCUGAUAGCAAACUUGUUGCAUAAAUUGUGCAUUUGUUAUGGUUAACAAGUCAUAAUGAAACGGGACCCUGAUGGUCUAUAGUCACACUGACGAAAUCGAUUCUAGACCGAUCAAAUCUUUUGCAUUAUUUCCAAUGACGUUCCAUCGGUCGGAUUGGGGUCGAUGUCCUCAGUGUAACUGUUCGAAGGAAAUCAAUUACACUGUAUAAUUAUAUCGUAGGUUUAGAGAAUUUUCAACCUGC